AUGGAUGCACAACCAUAUGCGAGGUGCACAUAUAUGGAUGAGACUUUUAUGCUCUUUCUGGAUAUCAAGCAUUCAUUCAGUGAUAUAGUGAGAGAGGUUUGUUUGGGUUUCAAGUCUUUGAAACAUGGAUCAUUUGACUUGAGGUAUGCUUUUCCUGGGUAUAGUAGCUGUGUUUUAUCGAAUGAUGUGGAUUUGACACUAAUGUGGAGGUGUAUGUAUGAUUUUAAGUUGCAAUCUGUUGACAUUCUGGUGAAAGAUUGUGGUUCUAGUAGUGUUUCUUCUGUGGUCACACAUGCGGAUGACUAUUCUUGCAUUUCAUCGUCUAUUUCGGUACUUCCGAGUAGUAUUGUUGAUGGACCUGAGUAUUUAGGCCAUUAUAGGCCAGAGCCUGCUAGGAUCUACCUCACCAAUGAAUGGCAAGGGUUUAUCAAGCAUGUGGGACAGAAGUUUGAAGGAGGGGGCUCUAGAGAAUUAGACAACAAUCACACCUGUAAAGGUGUUUUGAGGGAGCAAACAAGUAGCCAUUUAGGAUCACAUGUUGUAAAAUCAGAGAUAUCAAAUGAGUUGAAGGCGAAUCCUACUCUUAAGCCGAGACAGAUUAUGGAUCGUUUCAAGCAUUCAUUUGGAUUAGAUAUUUCAUAUAGAAGUGCUUGGUAUGCAAGGGAGUUGCGAGGAAAGAUGUCCAUGGUGAUGAUGGCAAUUCCUAUUCUCAGUUGUUGUGGGUUUCAGUCUUGCAUUCCUCUUCUUUUUGUUGAUGCUGCACAUUUGAAGAGCAAGUAUAAGGGUUACAUGCUCUGUGCUACUGGAAAGAAUGGAAACCAAGAAUUCUUCCCUUUUGCAUUUGCUAUUGUAGAUUCCGAGAACAAUGCAAAUUGGAAAUGGUUUUUUGAUCAUCUCUACAACAUCUUGUCAACCCAAGGGAGAAUUGUGACUUUUGUCACGGAUCGAAAUGGUGGACUCUUGAAUGCAGUGGCUAGUGUUUUCCCUGACUCUCCUCAUUCUUAUUGUUACUACCACCUAAAGGAGAAUGUUAGAGCUUUGUACAGACAUCUUUCUGGGUAUUUUGUUGACAAGGUUGUGGAGGAAUUCAUGAAAGUUGCAUAUUCUCCUACAAUAGCAAGCUACAACUUCAAUUUGCAGAGUCUGAAGAGAGAAGGUGGGAAGCCUAUUGAAUCGUUUCUAACACACCUUCCUCUAGACAAGUGGUGUAAUGCCUUCUUUAGAGGAUCAAGGUAUGGUGAAAUGGCGAAUAGCAUUGCUGAAUCAUUUAAUAGUUUGAGGGUUAAGGUCAUGGAGAACAUGUCUGAGAGGAAGGUUGAGUGCAAAAAGUGGAACACUGUGUUGUCUCCUCCAAUGGAGGCUUUGUUGAAAAAGUUUAUGGAUGUGGGGCGUCAUUGGUCAGUUAGCAUGUCCAGUGAGACUCUUUUGAAGGUUCAUGCUGAAAAAUCGGUUGCUGUUGAUCUUGAGAACGGCACAUGUUCUUGCCGUCAAUGGCAAAUCAACUCAUUCCCAUGUUCACACGCUCUUGCUGCCAUCCAGAAAGUUGGAGAUCUACCUGUGUAUGCCUACAUUGAGUACUUUCACACUUGCCAAAGCUACAUUGAGGCGUACGCGCAUGGUAUUCAGCCAAUGCCUAAUAUUGACAAGUUUUAUGUGGAUGCAGCAACUUCAUCUGCAGUUGUGCAGUCUCCUUUGGUUAGGAGGCCAUCUGGUCGGCCAAAAUCAGUUCGGAUGAAGUCUGCUGCAGAAGGUGGGACAAGGAGAGCAAUCAGGUGUGGUCGGUGUGGUCAGUUAGGGCGCCACAACAAGGCAACAUGCACAACACCAAUCUGA